UUCUUGCGUCUUCUUCAUCCACACAAAUUGGCCAGAAUUCGAUCUUAUUAGCUAAUUUAAUGGCUAGCCAUAACGUGGACAGAUCAGAUUCAACAGUGAUGAUUAAUCGACGGUACAACUCAUCACCAUCAUCAUCGUGCAAGAGGCUAACGGCGUUAGGGUUUACAUUCCUUGCCGUGAUCUCGCCUGUAUUGAUGGAUCGGAGAAGGAAAUUAAGUUUGGCCGAAGAAAUAGAGCUGGAAGAUCAGCAACCGUUUUCUCUCUCCUCAUAUCUGCCUCUGGUUCUUCUUGGGUUGAGUAUGGGCAUCGUCUUCUCCGAUUAUCGAAACCACAGCUUCUGGAACAGGUUCGAUCCUUAUUGGAUUCAUCGUACGGUCGGUUCUUCACUUGGGAUUGUUUUCUUUCUUAUUGUCUUGGCCUUGGUUCUCAAAUUUAAGGAUAUUUAGGAUCUAAUCUAACUAAUUAAC